CGCACACACACACACACACACACACGCGCGCGCACACACACACACAAACAGAGCGAGGGGGGAGGGUGAGAAAGAGAGAGAGAGAGAGAGAGACUCCCGGCUCCCUCCCUCCCUCGCACACAGCGACUGGAGACGGACGGAGAGCAACGCGCUGGGAGAGGAGACCACCGACCGCAGCCCCGCGCUCUCACGCUCGCUCACACUCGGCUCUUGCCUCUCCCCCCACCUCCUCCUCCUUCCACCCCCUCCACUAACACCAUCUCCUCCUCCUCUCUGCAACAAGAAAAAAAAAAAGCCAUUUACAGGGGGUGAUGUGCAACUAAUUAAAGGCAGACUGGCAACGUCUGCAAUUUCUAAGGCUCCCCAAAUAAAAAGAGACUGUUGUAACAGUUGGAGGAUAAUGCAAAGGAAGACGCUGCCUGGGAAUUCACCGUCUGUGGACAUGCGCCCCAGAGAGGAAUAGAGCAGACCUCACCUUGCUCUCUCCCCACCCGGACCCCCUUCUCCCUUCCCGGCUCGGCCCCCCGCCCCGACCUCACCAUCACCCGCUUCCCGCCCCCCCACCUCCCCCCCUUUCCCACCCAGGUGUCGGACCCGGCGGUCCCCACUUCCACCCUGCACCCCUUCUUCCCCCCCUGCACCAUGAACACCAAUGUCUGCGUGGAGCCCGGGCCGAGCCCGGAGGCCCCGGGCUUGCCCAAGGACAGCCACCUGCCCGAGGGGGCCCUCAACAGCCUUGUGGAUUACAACUCGGAGAUGGAGCGCUACCGCUCCUUCGCCACGUCCUUCUACAAGACCAACGGGGGCGCCUUCCCGCAGGCGGCCAAGAUCGCGCGCAUCACCACCCCCAUCUUCCCCAGCAGCGCCGCCGCCGCCGCGGCCGCCGCGCGCAUCGGCAUGUCCCCCUGGAACUGCGACAACGCGGCCACCGCCGCCGCCGCCACCGCCAUGCUCUGGGGCAGCGGGGGGAGCGGCGGCGGCGGCGGCGGCGGGGGCGGCGGGGGCGGCAGGAAAUCCUCCUCCGCCGCCGCCUCCUCCUCCGCCUCCGCCUCCGCCUCCUCCUCGGCCAUCCUCCCCGGCGGCGGCGGCGGCGGCGGCGGCGGCGGCGGUGGCGGCGGCGGCGGCGGCGGCGGCGGCGGCAGGACCAGCAUGCACCACCGAAACGACUCCCAGCGGCUGGGGAAAGCUGGCUGUCCGCCAGAGCCGUCGUUGCAAAUGGCAAAUACUAAUUUCCUCUCCACCUUAUCCCCCGAACACUGCAGACCUUUGGCGGGGGAAUGCAUGAACAAGCUCAAAUGCGGCGCUGCUGAAGCAGAGAUAAUGAAUCUCCCCGAGCGCGUGGGGACUUUUUCCGCUAUCCCGGCUUUAGGGGGCAUCUCAUUACCUCCAGGGGUCAUCGUCAUGACAGCCCUUCACUCCCCCGCAGCAGCCUCAGCAGCCGUCUCAGACAGUGCGUUUCAAAUUGCCAAUCUGGCAGACUGCCCGCAGAAUCAUUCCUCCUCCUCCUCGUCCUCCUCGGGGGGAGCUGGCGGAGCCAACCCUGCCAAGAAGAAGAGGAAAAGGUGUGGGGUCUGCGUGCCCUGCAAGAGGCUUAUCAACUGUGGCGUCUGCAGCAGUUGCAGGAACCGCAAAACGGGACACCAGAUCUGCAAAUUUAGGAAAUGUGAAGAGCUAAAGAAAAAACCUGGCACUUCGCUAGAGAGAACACCUGUUCCCAGCGCGGAGGCAUUCCGAUGGUUCUUUUAAAGCAGUAGUAUCUCUUACUUUCAAGGCAUUUGGAAAUGAAGGGCAAACUAAUGUCUUGUUUUAAGAAACUGCUUAGUCCACCAUUGAAGAAAAUAUCCAGAUAUUAUUUUCAUUUUAUGUAUAGGUUUCUUCAAAAAGCAAGAAGAAAAGAAAAAAAAAAAGACAUUUUAAAAAUAAUGGGUGAGCUUGAGGAAUUGGCCAGUCUGUUUACUUUCAAUACACUGAUUCUUUGAUGUAACUUAGCUAUACUAGUGAAGUCGUCGUCUAUUUUGAAAGUGGCUGUAAAAAAUAAGUUUGGGUAAACCCCUGCUGUAAAAUCAUGUAUCUUUGCAAAGUACAUAUCUAUACUUCAUUUUCAAAUAUAUGUGUUUCAGUACUGUAAACUGUACAGAUAGCAGCUUGUAUUUUGUGUGUUUAGACACAAGGAGACAAUCAUGUCUGAGCAUCUAUGGAGAUUAACAGUUUGUACACAACAGUAUGAUUCUGCAAGUUAAAUCUGGAGCAAUAAAUUUUAGCUUUAAAUAUUUUUUGCCAGUUGUUUGUAGAAGCAGAGACAACACUGGUGGGUUUUCAUGCAUCUUUCCAGAGAGACUUGAUGACAAGUUUGGCAGAAUUUAAAGAUCAUGAUGCAUCCAGCAGUUACCUUCAGUUGUAUUGUUAUAAGAGGGGAAGAUGUUAUGAAAGUUUCAAUUAAUCUUUUGAGCACUAUAUUAGAGUAGUGGUUAUGCACUUGCAUUGCUUACAAAUGAGCUGUACAGAAGGGUAUACCUCCCAAAUACUUAGUGUAGUUGACGUGUCCUGGGUUGCACUGUAAGGCGGAGUACGCAGAAUAGUUGGGAAAUGCAGAAUCAGUUGUAUUUUUUUUUAAUUGAUAAACGUGUUUUCUAGACUAAAGCAUCAGAUCGUAGAGGGAGAAAUACAUGCCUGAUAUUUUUUCAUCCUGUACACAUUUGUUUAUUAUUUGUUUUUGGGAAAUAAGAAAAAUGAAAAUAAGAAUAUCCAAAUGUUUUUAAUUCAAUGUGGGAUAUUAAAUGGGAAGAUUUCUUUUUAACAUGGAUACAUAGAAGCCUACAUUGAAGCAUGGCUGGGGAUUUUUUUAAGUUAAUAAUAAUUUUAAAAAUUCAUAAAAGUGUGGUGUGUGUGUGUGUGUGUGUGUGUGUGUGUGUGUGUGUGUGUUUUAACCAUCCUUUCUAAUAGCCUCCCAGUAGGACCAGUGGUCUUCCUCUAGUCUUUCAACAAAAUAUUCUCUUACAUCCAUCCCCAAUUCUUGACUCUCAAAGUUUAUUCCGAAGAAGGCAGGACCCCAGUCUGAGGGCCUUCGUAAAUUCAUCAUAGUCCUCUCUUACACACAAUGGACUUAAUGCUUCACUGAAGCUGAGUUCAUCUUUUUAGGACAGCCCUGUGUCAAAGGUUAUCCUAUGAGCACAUAUAUUUUUCCCUAGGCACUAAGGGCCAUUUUCAGUUUUAGGAAUAACAAAAAUACAUAAAAUGUCAAGGUUGCCAUGUUACUACAAUUUUUACUCUUUAUCUGUGAGCUAGUCAUUGUAGCCCACUACAUCGACAAGCCUGUUCAACAGAUAAGCAAAAUGGAUUGGAAGAAAAAUAACUUGGUAAGAGAGUGCUGUAAUAGUGAAAAGUUGAAAAUGUAGUGGUUGAAAGACUAGCAGGUGAUUACUUUUUACAGUUUGGUUUUAGUUCUGUAUGGAGAAUAAGACAUAAAAGGUUUUCUGGAAACAGGAUGAGCACAUCACUGUUAGAGCACUUGAGGAAAAGUAUACUCCAUAUAUACAAAUGCCAACAUGAAAAACAAGGGGUGACUUGAUUUGCCUAGCAUGUGGUCAAUAAACUUUUCUGAGGCAAAUUCAUUGUGUAUUAUACCUAUCUAUGUUUAGAGAAGACAAGGAAUCACCAGCUGAAAUGUGGUAUAUAUUGAUUUUGAGAUAAUUUUCUACUUGAUGUUUAUUCCUUUGAGGGUUUCUAAUUAGAAUUUCUACUUCUGCAGUAGGACCAAUGAGAGCUAUGUAAUUUUUGCUCCAUUUUUUUUUAGUUACUUUAUUUUAUUUUUGUUUGACAUUUUUGUUAGUUAACUACAAGUGAGUGCAAACUUACUUUCACACUUGAAUGGGAAGCUUGCCUUGAUUUUGUAAAAUGAUUAUUAUAUAAAUGAAACAGACUUCUAUUCAGGUUGUAUUAGGCCUAUGAUAAUGAUCUUAUAGCAAUGUAUGGACAGUCCAAAAUACAUGAUUGUAUUGCAUGUCUUGUUGUGUUUUUGUUUUUUUUUAAAGAUCUAAUCUGUGUACUAUAAAAUGUGGUGUUUUACAUGACAGUUCAUUUUUUUAAAUGAAAGAAACAUGCUUAGUACCAAAUUGGAACAGUGUAGCUUUUCUUUACUUUUCUUACGUUUUUAUUAUGGUUAUUGCUAUUCUAUACCACUCACCUUUAUGCUUUUACCUAAACUCCAAGUAUCAAUGUGGAAUCCACAUUGAGCACUCAGUGAUGAUGGUGACAAAAUCACUCUCUCUAGUUUUCUUUCCCAAGUGUUCUCAUGCUGAAAACUUGCAAAGCCUAUCUAUGUAACCUUCUGUUAUUAACUUGAAGGCUUACAUUUUUCAUUAUUCUAAAAUACCAAUGAAAAAUAACAUUUUAAAAUUGCUUCCUGUGUGCUACAUAUCCAAUAGCAAAUAAAUUUAGGAUUAAGAACUCAAAUUAGAGGUUGUAUAUAGACAACUUAAAAAUUGCAUAUCAGAAAGUAAAAAAAAAAAAACCUGUUCUGCCUUCUCAAGGCAAUACCAUGCUCUGCCAGCAUUUGAGGGGGUAUGGACGAUACCUGGGCCUCUUGUGCGCAGACUGAGCAAAUGUUUAUUUCAGCUGUCACUCAGCACUAUGAUAUCAAAAAUAUAAUGCAAACAAUGUCUUCUCCGACCUCCGGAUAAACGUGGUUUUCUAAAGGACUCUACCUCUGUAUAAGUAGAAACACGCUCACAAAGUAGUAUUGUAUCUAUACUUGGGAAAGAAAACAGUAAUUACCUUCCCCCAGUAUAAGCAUAUACACGAAAAUAUUUCAUGGUUGCUUAAUCCCUAUCCCUCAACUUCCUUCCUGUACACAUGGUCAGAUGCAACAAGAAAUGAUGGGCUUACUAUGAAUAUUAAUCACUAAAAGAAAGAAAUACUCCCUUCCUCUCAUCCAGGACCCCUGGCAUGUAAGUUUUACAAUUAGUGCUACAGCAUAUGAGGUCUUUAAGCUGAUAGCAUCAGUAAUCAAAUAAUGAAAAAAGGGAAGCAGUUAAAUGAACACACUACUAAGGGUCAAACAAAGCUAUAGUGGGUCUUUGAUCAUGGUUAGAUUCACAGUGAUAUCAAACAGUUGGUUCUCAUGUAACAGCUAAAUGUUUCAGCUUUUGUUUUUAUUAAAUUUGGCAUUUCACACUGAGAUCUGUAUUCACAGUGAAUCAAACACAGCUACUGUGUUAGGAGGGAUUCCAUUUUCACCAUUGAAAAAAUAGUCAGAUAUUUCAGGAUAUGGGCCGCAAAAUGUACUCCUUUCACAGUGUUCUCCUAUUCUGAACUGUGCAGUUAUCUAUUAAAUUUUCUAAUAGAUAUUUGUGUAAGGUGUAUGUAUGCUUGUGCAAUUAUUUAAAAAAGCAGUUUUGGAAAACAGUGUAUUUAUUAAAGAAUAUCACUUAUGGGGCAUGUACAAAACUGUAAAAAAAAAAAUUUAAAAAUCACUUCAAUUUGCCCAGUAAAGUUGUUUUUGUGAAAUUUCUGUGUUGUUGAAUAAAGGAAUUUAGUAUUCAAAGUA